AGUAGGUAAGGUAAUGGAAAGUCAACAAUUUACCUGAUUACAAGGUUUUAUCCAAAAAGACAUAUUGUUCAUUGUGAAUUUGUUUCAGUUGUUCCAGUAUUAACUUUUUUGUUACAAUGACACCAAUUAUUGGUUAUUGGACAUAUCGAGCCAACGUCGAGCCCAUUUUGUUGACAAUGAGACAAAUUAAUCAACCCUAUCAGUUGAAAACUUACAAACAAGGAGAUGGAUCUGAUUAUCUGGGUGAUGAAUGGCCGAUUGACAAAAAGGGAUUGGGAUUAAUUUACCCAAAUGUACCUUAUUAUAUUGAAGGAGAUGUUAAGAUAACUCAGACUUUGGCUAUUCUCCGUUAUUUGGCUCGAAAACAUGAUUUUGGCCCUCGAACUGAAGAGGAAUAUGUUCGUAUUGAUAUAGUUGAACAGGGAGCAUUUGAGAUCAUGUCGUCACUGUGGAGAGCCUGGUAUGUGGACACUCAAGAAGAAUGUGACAAAUUCAAUGAGCAACUGAUUCCUUUCCUUGAACAAAAGCUCGAACAUACAUCGCAAGUUCUGGGUUCUGAUGAAUUCAUUUUGGGAGAUCGAGUGACUUUCAUUGACUUUCUCUUAUAUUCAACAUUGGAUUACGUCCGAUUGUUUAGAUCUCAGUUAUUUGAUUGUCACGAAAAUUUAAUUCAUUUUCUCAAUCGAAUUGAAAAUUUACCUAACAUCAAAUCAUAUUUUACGGAUGAAAAUUUUAAACGAUUUCCAAUCAUCGGAUCAAGGGCAAAGUGGGGCCACAAUCCUCCGUCUAACUAAAUACUAUCAAAAUAAAUUGUAGUCCAUUCAAUUUGAUGAACAUUAAAUCAACAUUAAAUUACUGGACUCUUUUCUCACCAAUAAAGAGACUGCACUCAAGUUGAACGUGAA